CAUCAAUCAGCAUGGCCGACCUGCCGCCGAUUUGGUUUGACGUGGCGCCAGACGCCGACUACUACGCGGCCUUGAACGUCCACCGCGACGCCAGCACCGAGGAAAUCCGUCGCGCUUUCUUCGUGCUGAGUCGCGAGUUCCACCCGGACAAGACGACGCACACUGACGAUGCGAACCAACAGUACCCGCGGUUGGACCGUGCGUACAAGGUGCUGAGUUCCCAGCCGCUUCGACUGGCGUACGACCAGUAUGGCGAGCGCGGAGUUGUAGCGUUGGAGGAGGACAAGUCCGCGGACGAAUGGGCAGUCGCAAACUAUGUGCACUCGGACGAGUACGUGCAAGAGCGGGUUCGAGUGUUGAUGCGUCGAUGGUACGAAAAGCAGUUGGAAGCGCCGUUCUCUUCACACACUGAAUGCGAAGUCGAAGUGGACGCCCGGGACUUUGUCAAGCAUCCUCUCUACUCGCUCCAGCAGGUGUUCAACAAGCAGUUUCGCAUGAUCGGGAUCUCCCAAAUGGUCAUGCGGCAGUCCACAAGCAUCGACGUGUCGCGCAACACGACGGUGGUCGUGGGCGGGUACCUGUAUGACAAGCACGGUCUGGGGUUGGGCGCAUUGACUUGCGGGAUCAAUUACAUCACGGCCGACCCGACGGCGCUACGCAUCCACUUGAACAGCGAAGUGGGAUGGACGCCCAAGUUGAGUGUGCACUUGGAACAACCCGUGUCGAGUGUGACAUCGUGCUUUUUAAUGCCGGAACUGACGGUGGACGGCCUGGACGUGAGGGUGGGCGUGAAUCACGUGAUGCGUCUGCUACCGCAAUAUGCGCCACUCCAAGGCAGCAUGAUGCUCAGCGCCAACACUGGGCUCGUAUCCAGUUUGCAGUUCCACCAGAACACGUGGCAGUCCACCGCGACGGCGGCCGUUCGAGCCCAGGGACCGAGUCUUGGGCUCAGCGUGCGCAAGCAAGUGACCACGUCAUCCUCGGCCAAGGUUGCCGUGGACUUGGGCGUGGGCGGCGCCGCACUCACGUUGGGGUCGUCGGGCAAGGUGUCUCGUCGCAGCCGACUCAGCAUGGGCCUUCGCUUUGCGCUGCAAGGCAUCUCCGUCCGCAUCGGGUUUGCACGAGGCAGCGUCCGGUUCGUCGUGCCCGUGAUGGUCGCGCCGCUGUCGACUUCGAACGCUUGGAACACGUUCGUGGCGGCGACCGCGCCGUUUCUGGUGGCGGCUGUGGUCCGGCAGGUGGUCAAGCCGGCGCAUAAACGCAAACAACAAGCUGCGCUGCAGUCGGCCCACGCCCGACGCGUGUCGUACCUGAUGGAAGCGCGGCGCUGCGCCCUGUCCCAGCAAACCCUCAUGGAGAAACAAGCUGCCAAGAACACGGCCGUGGAAGGCGGCGUGAAUAUCCUCGUCGCGCGAUACGGCCAGCAUCCAUCGGUGAUAUAUAAACGUGCUCGUUCAUUAUAUAUGGUUGAUAUGUUGAUUUGUAGACUGCGCCAACCAACCCUGAAAGCGACUCGUCCAUCGAAGACCUUAACGUGGACGUGACCAUUCCAUUGCAAUUCUUCCUUCAAAACGGUCGUCUGCACUUGGCCAACACGUCCAAGGCCGGUCUGUUGGGGUUUUACAACCCAACCAUGGGCCUGUACGACCCCGCGGACACUUCCCACCCGACGCACCCGCAUUUGUACAUUCGGUAUGCGUUCGAUGGCCAUGUGUACGAAGCCACGUUUGGCGACCUCCAAGCCGUCGAGUUGCCGUCGGCUCAUGCGCAGCACAUGGGCCAAGUGGGGCAGAUAUUUUAAUCUGUGCAGCUCAGUAUAGACAACGUUAAACCACCAGUACAUUCAUUUUUAGACCACACGUGAGAGUGUUGGUCGAGCUAUGUCC